AUGUCUAUCACCAGUGUUGCGAUAGCAUAUACCAUUGACAAUGACUCCUACAUGUUCACCAGUGUUUGUGGUCGCCGCAUUUCCAGCCUCAAGACGGACAUGGAAGCCCUAGGCCUACAGCUGAAUACGGGGAAUAUUGCAGAGAUCGAAACUGGCGACGCUAGCUCAGAUACCCUUGAUUGCAUCCAGAUUAUCCAGCCUAUGCAGCCAUAUCAGGGCGAGCCGAACGUUAGCUGA